UAUUUCUGUGAGACUGAGAUAAGACGUCACAGAAGGGGCGUGGCUUUAAGGGAAACGCUCGCGCUGACUCAAGGCGCAGUCAGAGCCGCUUCAGUGGCCGUACAAGGCGCUCCAGAAUGGGAUCUAACUUCAUCUCUCUGCUGCUAACGUUUGUUUUUCUAGUACAGAGCUUGUGGUCACUGCCUCACGUGAAGAAUUAUGAGAUUGUCAAACCACAGAAACUCCAACUCAGAACAAAAAGAAGUCUAUCUGUCACACAGGUUCAUCCAGAUGAGGUACAAUAUCAACUAGCAAUUGAAGGACAAAACCACACAAUACAUUUGGAGAAAAACAGGGAUCUUAUUGGGAGAGACUUCACUGAAACACGUUAUACCAAAGAUGGAAAACGGGUGACGAUAUCCACACAUGAGGAGCACUGUUACUAUCAUGGCCGGAUUGAGGGGAUGCCAGACUCCUCUGUGAGUGUGGGGACCUGCUCAGGGAUAAGUGGUUUUGUGAGAGCGCAGCAGAAGUUGUAUCUGAUUGAGCCUCUGGGGGACACUGAUGAGGACGAUCACGCUGUGUACCGUCACUUAGACCCACCUGAUGCCACUAACAGUACCACAGAGCGGUACGAUGUGGAUCAGGACUUAGGACCCAAACUGGCCGGACUCUUCAGAUCCAAGUCCUGGAAAUCAAAGCCGACUUCAGAACCAGACCGUUUUGUUGAACUGUUUGUGGUUGUUGACAAAGCUGAGUACCUUCGAUAUGGCGACCACACCAAGUCUCGCAUUCUCAAUGUUGUGAAUCACGUUGACAAGGUUUAUCGAUCUAUAAACACGCGCAUCGUUCUCGUGGGGCUGGAGAUUUGGACAAAUGAAGACUUGAUGGAUGUCGACAGGAGUUCUGAAGUUACUCUCGACCAUUUUCUUAUUUGGAGACAAACACAUCUGCUGAAGAGGGUCAAGCACGAUAACGCACAGUUUGUAACAGGCACAGACUUUGAAGGUGAUACUGUCGGACUGGCAAAUAAGUUUGCUAUGUGCACAGAAAACUCAGGAGGUGUGAAUCAGGAUCACCACAGAGACCCGAUUGGCUUGGCCUCCACCAUUGCUCAUGAGAUGGGGCAUAACUUUGGCCUGUCUCACGAUAGUCCUGGCUGCGUGUGUGGUCCUUCUCUAAGCACUAACUGUGUGAUGACAGACAAGCUCAGAACAGGAAGUCAGUCAUUCCCCGAGUUGUUCAGCAGCUGCAGUGAGGCUCAGCUGGCCGAGUUUUUGGUCAGAGCUCGUCCCAACUGUUUACACAAACCAGCCCUCACUCGGAGCAUAGAGACAGGCCCACGCUGCGGAAACGCCCUGCUGGACCCUGGGGAGGAGUGCGAUUGUGGGACGGUGCAGGAAUGUAAGAAUCCAUGUUGUGACCCAUCUACGUGCCGCCUGACGUAUGGAUCCCAGUGCGCUCACGGACGCUGCUGUGAAAACUGCCAGUUUAAACCAGCGGGGACCGUGUGUAGGAGACCUGCUAGUGAGUGUGACCUGCCAGAGUACUGCACAGGGACAACAGCAGCAUGUCCUGAUGACAGUUUUGUCAUGAACGGAAAACCCUGCUCUGACCUGGGUCCCGGAUACUGCCACGAUGGCCAGUGCCCCACACACCAGCAGCACUGCUGGAGGCUGUUUGGAAAAGGUGCUAAAGUUGCCAGUGAAGAUUGUUUUAGUCUGAACAUGCAGGGUCAAGAGGGGGCUAACUGUGGUAAUAGCACGAAUGGGUACACCCGUUGUACCUUAAACAAUAUAAAAUGUGGAUCUAUAUUUUGCGAAGAAGGAGGCGACUCCAUUACUGGGAAAAGAGCAGUGUUUACUGUGCGUUAUCAUAUUAAAUGCACCAUCGCGGUGGAGGAUGACAAGUCCAGAAAUAUAGACAUGGUCCCAAAUGGCACCAAAUGUGGAUCAAAUAAGGUUUGCUUAGACAACAAAUGCCAAGAUGUAGCAGUCUACGGCAACUCUGAUGAUUGCUCCAAGAAAUGUAACAACCAUGGGGUGUGUAAUCACAAAAGAGAGUGCCACUGUGACCCGGGCUGGGCUCCUCCGCUCUGCAAGGUUCAGUAUGCAGACUUACCUCAAGGUCAGACAGCUGUGAUUGCUGGAGUGUGCGCAGCGGUCUUCAUCAUCCUCCUCAUCAUUGCUCUCGUGGCCGGGCUCAUCUGCUGCAAAAGAGACAGGCCCAAAAACUACAUCUCCAAAAGCAAGAGGAAAGUGCACUCUGCAUUGGAGAAGCAGACUCCCAUGUUUGAAAAACCCAAACCCAGACCUGAGAUCAGCCAGCCCACCCUGAUGGAGUCCACUGCUGCUCAAGUUUGUAACCCUCAUUUUGUGUCCACGCCUCCAUGCCGACCGGCCCCUCUGCCUCCAAAGAAAUCCCCUCCAGAGCCCCCUACCUCUCACAGUGAGGCGACCAAACCUCUACCUCCAGUGAAGCCUUUGCCCCCUAUGAGUAAAACAGAGUUCAAAAUGAAGCCAAGUCCCCCUCCAGUGCCUCCAGUAAAACCUCGACCUCCAGUUGUCCAGAAGAAGCCUAAAGAAAACUGUGAUGGUUCUGUAGCAGCACAAACCCAGCACUGAUCCUCGCGGUCUGUGGGGAAAAGGACUCUUAUCAAAGCUGCUGAUGCAGAUUGUGUUAACAUUUGUUAGGAUCAAAUUUUGUUUGCACUUUGUACGACGUAGAGCAUAACAUUGCUUGUUUCUAUUUUUUUAGUCUUUUAAAUAUUUAUUAAGUAGUUUUGUUGUGUUAAAGCCAGUUUGUGCCUUCUUAGGGGUAUUUUGUAUUACUUGGCAGUCUACUUGAAGAGUGUGAAUGGUACAUAGUUGUAUGGACUGUGUAUGUUCUGUUCAUUUUCCAGCCCUGACAUGUGAGCCCUCAGGGGAGCUGUGUUUUUAUUGCGAUUCAUUUUGUGUAAAAUCAGUCACAGGGUCCAGACCUGGGAGGAGGAUCUUUAAAACUUCCUAAUCACUUAGUGAGUCUCAGUGAUGGGUGCUAUUUGUUUGGGACGGUCCCGCUGCAGUGGUCAUGUGUUACAUAUGACUGAAUACAUUCUCUGUUUAAAGGUUAUUUUAAACCUAAUGAAGCCCCAUGAGAGGGCCUUUGUCUCAACAAAUAAAGUGCACUUUAUUUCUGA